AAAGACCGGGCCAAACUACAAUUCCCAGAAUUCUUUUCAAAUCAGCGCAAUACGAACAAAUUCGCUUCAUAAGCAAACGCGAGUACAACGGCGUUUCUAAGAUACGGCUGCCCGCCGGAAUGAUUGAUAGGAUUACUGUCCAAUCUGCUUAAUCGGUCCCUCACAAACGAUCCAGUAAUGUUUCAGGGGAAUAGGUGGCUACCUAGCGCUUGGAUGGAGGGCAAGAGAAAAAGAGGGGGGUUGUUGCGGAGGUAGAGAGAGGGACGGAUCAGUCGCGUCCUGUGGGGACUGCAGCUGAGGCAGCGAGUGGUGGCGACGGCGAGGAAGCGGUUAACCCUGCAGGGGCAGAGACAACGGCCAUUCGGCGAGUGCUGCUGAGCCGUUCACUGAUUGCCUGCCGCCGCCUCCCGCCCUCCCCGUUAGCUCUCCCGCCCUCCCCGUUAGCUCUCCCGCCCGUCAGCUCGGGCUCCUUCAGGCUUCUACUUAGCCUAGCCUACUCCGGCCCGGCCCCGCAGUCACCAUAGAGACGACUACGGCGACUACGGCGCUGCUGCCGCUUACUCGUAAGCCAUGGGCAGGAGUCUGCUGUUGGGCUGCGCCGGGCUGAACCGGAGGGCGUCGCGGGACGACCGAUAAUAUCCCUCUUUCCUCACCCCCUUCCUUUCUUUCGUCGGAGGCGCCUGGGAGAAAGAGUUAACCCGGAGUCGGCCCUGCUCGGAGGGAAAGGAGGAAGGGGCGCCGGCCGCGUUCCAGCCUCUGCUUAAAUGGAAGCCACCUCUGGGAGCUGGAUGGUCUCUACUGACGUAGGCUUUGCAUAGCAGCUACACCACCACAGGAGAUUGCAAUGAGUGGAGGAGGGGAACAACCAGAUAUCCUUAGUGUGGGAAUAUUAGUCAAAGAAAGAUGGAAAGUGUUGAGAAAAAUAGGAGGUGGAGGGUUUGGAGAAAUUUACGAUGCGGUGGACUUGCUUACCCGAGAGAAUGUUGCAUUGAAGGUUGAGUCAGCUCAGCAACCAAAGCAAGUUCUGAAAAUGGAAGUAGCUGUGUUGAAAAAACUGCAAGGAAAAGAUCACGUCUGUAAAUUUGUUGGCUGUGGAAGGAAUGACAGAUUUAACUAUGUAGUCAUGCAGUUGCAGGGUCGGAACUUGGCAGAUCUACGUCGAAGCCAAACUAGAGGGACCUUCACAAUCAGUACUACCUUGCGACUUGGCAGGCAAAUUCUUGAAUCUAUUGAGAGCAUUCAUUCUGUGGGUUUUUUACACAGAGAUAUUAAACCAUCUAACUUUGCUAUGGGGCGCUUUCCUAGUACCUGGAGGAAGUGUUACAUGCUGGAUUUUGGCUUGGCACGUCAGUUUACAAAUUCAUGUGGGGAUGUCAGACCACCCAGAGCUGUUGCUGGUUUUAGAGGGACAGUGCGGUAUGCAUCAGUCAAUGCUCACAGAAACAGAGAAAUGGGACGUCAUGAUGACCUCUGGUCUCUGUUUUACAUGUUGGUGGAGUUUGUGGUUGGACAACUGCCCUGGAGGAAAAUUAAAGAUAAGGAGCAAGUGGGCUCCAUAAAAGAAAGGUAUGACCACCGGCUGAUGCUGAAACAUCUCCCUCAAGAAUUUAACAUCUUUCUAGAUCACAUUUCUACUUUAGAUUAUUUUACCAAACCUGAUUACCAGCUUCUCAUGUCCGUCUUUGACAACAGCAUGAAGACUUCUGGGGUAACUGAAAGUGACCUAUUUGACUGGGAAAAGAGUGGAGCUGAUGGCUCUUUAACUACCACCACCACUUCAACUACUCCUCAACUGCACACUCGUCUGACCCCAGCUGCCAUAGGAAUUGCCAAUGCUACACCAAUACCAGGAGAUCUGUUGCGAGAGAAUACAGAUGAUGUGUUUCCAGAUGAACAGCUUAGUGAUGGCGAGAAUGGUAUUCCUGUUGGAAUCUCUCCAGAGAAAUUGCCAGAGUCUCCCGGACAUCGUCCCCAGGAAAAGGAUGUAUGGGAGGAAAUGGAUGCAAACAGGAAUAAGAUAAAACCAGGUGUCCAUAAAGCUGCUACAGAAGAGGAAAACAGCCAUGGGCCAAUUAAUGGCAUGCUUAACGCACCAAGCCUUGGUUCUCCAAUUAGAGUCCGCUCUGAGAUCACACAGCUAGAUCGGGAUGUUCCUCUGGUGCGGAAGCUGCGAUCAAUCCAUAGUUUUGAACUGGAGAAACGUCUGACCUUGGAAUCAAAGCCAGAUACAGAGAAAUUUCUGGAAAUCUGCAUGGAGAAGAAGAAAAGAGAGCUGAAUGCUGGCAAGGAAUCUGUGGCGUCUCAUAAAACACCGAAGCCUACAGUUGCUUCCAGUCAUGAGCAUGUUUGGCGCUAUGAUGAAGAAUACCUACCUGAAGCUUCCAAGCCUAUUUCUGGCAGCUCUCCAGAACAGGGUGAUGGUGGUGUCAGCAAUGGAUAUGUGGCUGUCAACCUGAGUUCCUGCCAACAGGAGGUUGACUCCAAGGAAUGGGUGAUUGUGGAUAAGGAAAGAGACCUUCAGGAUUUCAGGACUAAUGGAGUUGUAGGGCAUAAAACAGCUGGAAGCCCAUCUGAUGAGGAGCCUGAGGUACUUCAAGUCCUUGAGGAGUCCCCACAAGACAAUAAGCUUAGAGCUCAUACGAAGAAUACAGCUGUGGGAGCAGCCUUGGAUCUAGGUGUUGAGUGUUGUGGUACUGCAGCUUCUGAACAGUUAACAGAUCAACUAGGACUUCCAGUUGGAACUGCUGGCCAUCUUCUUCCAGUCACACCCACAAGCCUAAUAGAGGCCCAGGCAGGAGGAGCUCUUACUCCACUCAACUCACUUCACAUGCUGCAUUUCUCCAUCCCAAGAAUUUCAAGUCCCAUCCUCCGUACCCUGAGCCCUAUAACCCACCUCACCACCCACCCGGACUCUAAGAAAGAGGCUGGCUUUCCAAGGAGUCAAUCAACAGAGAGCCAUUCUUCCUCUUCUUGGUCAGCUGCCCGUAGGCAACUUCCUGUCAUUCCCAGUGGAAACAAGUUUCCCCCUAUCAUUCGCAUCUCAAAAGCACAACUUCAGCAGGUUACAAUACCCAGACCGUCAAUGGCAUCCACACAGUCUGCUUCUGAGAGUUUUCACUAUGGCCUGCAUGUAGAGAAGAAAGAUCGGGAUCCCCAGCUUUUGGAACAUACUGUUGAACUUUGCUCUCGUAAGGAGAACUUAGCUGAUUUGGUGGCAAAUGAUUCACUAACUUGUAGUGGCAAUAGAACAGAUUUAGUACUCAAGUUAGACCAUAACCUAGAGGCACUUGAAAAGGAAGGGUGUAUUGAAGAAGGUGUUGGAAUCCAAGAUCAUAGCCAAACAGACCUACUUGAACAAUACGUGAAGAGAAAAGGAGAGAGAGAACUUGUGAAUCUCUUUGAAAAAGUGGAAGAAAAACCAGUGGUUUAUGAGAAUGCAAUUGAAAUACAAAUUAAAGGACCAUAUUCAGCUGCUCAAGGAAACACAGAAUCUAUAUUGGAUGGACCUCAGGUUGUUACAGAACCUGAAGAACAGAGGCUAAUUCCUUCCUCUUUAUUGCCAAAUCAGGAUGCAAAACAGGAGUUACAGAAGCAGUCAGCAGCUGAAACAUCAGAUGUUUCUUUAUCGAGAAGUACAGAUCCAUUUGCUCAGAGACAGGAAAGCCAAGGAGUACCAGUACAAGAAAAUGGUUUCCAUGAUGAUGGGGAUAUUGACCAUGCUGAAGAAUUGCAAUGCCAACAGGUGACCCUUGCCACCUUUUUGCACCAAGAGGAGAAAGAAGAGCAAAAUGUUCAAAGAAAUGGAGAACUGUUGCACUCCAUUUCAGAAAAUGAGAGUUCUAAUCAGUCCAAGAAGGAGUUAGUUAGAUCCCCAUUUGUAGCUAGACAGAGUCGCAUUCCAGUUUUAGCACAAGAGAUAGACUCCUCUUCAGAAUCGUCUCCUGUUUCAGCAAAGGAGAAGCUUCUUCUAAAAAAGGCCCAUCAGACAGACUUGGUUAGACUACUGGUAGAAAAGAGACAGCUCAAAACUUUCCUUGGUGAUAUCUCAAGUGCCUCUGACAAAUCAUUGAAAGAAAAAGUAGUUGCUGGUCCCUUACCACUUUCUGAAGAUGUGUUGUCCUUUUCCAAACUGACAUUGGACACUCAUUUACACAGCCAAAUAGAGGAGAGUUUUUUGUCACCAAGCAGUCCUCAGUCCAGAAAGAGCAAAAUUCCAAGACCUGUAUCUUGGACUCCCACAGAUCAUGUUAGCAGUUCAAAUUCAGCUCAGUUUUUUCCUCGACCACCACCAGGAAGACCACCAACAAGGCCUGGAGUAGAAGCCAGGUUACGCAGGUACAAAGUGCUAGGAAGUAGCAGCUCUGAUUCAGACCUGAUCUCUCGGCUGGCUCAAAUCCUUCAGAAUGGAUCUCAAAAACCACGGAGUUCUUCUCAGUGUAAGAGUCCAGGGUCUCCACAUAGUCCCAAAACACCACCCAAAAGCCCAGUCAUCCCCAGACGCAGUCCCAGUGCCUCUCCUAGGAGCUCUUCUUUGCCCCGUACUGCCAGUUCCUCACCAUCCCGGAGUGGGCGCCCUCACCAUGACCAGAGGAGUUCAUCCCCACAUCUUGGAAGGAGUAAAUCACCUCCCAGUCUUUCAGGCUCUUCAUCUUCCAGGAGAUCUUGCCAACAAGAGCACUGCUACAAGUCUAACAAGAAUGGUCUGAAAGGAUCUAGUGGCUCCUGCCAUCACUCCUCUAACAUUAAAUCUCCCACAGGGAAGAGCAAAUCGGCCAGCAAACUUAGCAGAUAGGAACUGAGUUUUGUCCGGUGUCAAAGCCCCCUCCUUAAUCUGAUGCAUGUUGUGUUUGUGUACUGUGUAUUUAAACAAAAAGUCUUCAAAAAUCAGUGUUCAUCCUGACUUUCAAAGGAAAAAAAAACUAAGAUAAAUUAUUUAUAAGGCCCACUUGGUAUAUAGGUGGCCAGGCAUUGCCUAAGAACAUGCUGCAAGCAGAUCUGGGAGGCUAAAGGGCAAGGAUGGAGCAUCUGGAAAGUCCAAGGUGUGUGAAAUAUUCAAAACAAGCAUUGCUUUGGAGGUGAAUAUUUUUAAUAAGAUUUCACUUUACUUUUUAUUUAAUAAGAAAACAUGUCAUAUAUUAGACUUUUUCAAAAUUACAAAACAUGAAAUUGAUUUCACCAUGACACCAUUACAUCUGAAGUAUUACUCAGCUGUGUGUUUGUAGAGUUUUUAAAAAAGCACAUUAUUUGAAACAGCAAUAGUUCUGUCAGUCUAUCAAUGUUGGGCUUCACACAUCUGUUUUCAAGUUGCUCACUGUCCAUGUUCCUUCGUGGCUUAUACUUCCUUUUAAAACAAAAACAACCCUCUCUAAUCUUAUACUACUAUAUAUUUAAUGUGGGUGUAAAUAUGUACAAAUCCAUUGAAACCAAUUCCAUUUAACAUUUAUGUGACUGUACAGGUUUGCAAGCAUGUGUUUAAAAAAAAUUGUGUACCAAUAUUUGUUCAGAUCCUGAUCCUUGAACAACUUGAUCAUUUAUCUGUGUGUUAAUUUCUGGAGCUAUGGCAGGUUUACAUCAUACCAUAUAUAAAGGAUCUGGAAAUAAUGCUCACAGUCUGAAUUAAGGAGGAAAACCAGAAGAGUUUGGAUUCUGAAAUAUUCCUGUAAUUAAAACAAUUGUUUGUGCAAUAGCCUCUCAGGGUACAAAGAAGAGCCACUGUUAAAGCUGAUCAGAAUUCACCCUUUAGGGGUGAGAUGUUUAAUCCAUUUAUCCUCCUUACACAGUGUUCCUCUCCAGUGUAACUGUACUGAAGAAGAGCAAAAAUGUUUACACACUUAAGACUUCUUAAAUCUAGAAGAAAAAUGGAAGCUUUUAUUACUCAAAGGACAUUGCAGAGCCUAAACAUGUAGUAGGUUAGAUAGAAAGAAGCAGCAAUUCCUUUAUUGAGAAUCUGGAAGAGAAUACUUGAUAAUCAAACCUACAGGUGUUUCUCACAUCUCAACAUCCCUAAACCUAUAUUGUAUGGCGAGAGCACAUGUCUGUCCAAUUUGCACACAUUGCUACUAUAAUCUGAACUGGUAGUUGUAUAUGUUUAUGUAAGGCGUGGAAGCCAGCACCUGUGUGGCUUCCCUACAAUACAAGUAUACAUACUUCCUUACUCAGAAGUAUUCUUGUGUUUAGGGACACUGUAAUAUGGAAAACAACACACAGAAAACUCAAGUUCAAAGAUUGUCUUCCAUUCUGUCUCCUAAUAUAAUCAAUGGCUUUUAGUUUUCCCAGACUUUACUUGGACUUCAUUGUAUGACUCUUAGAGGAAUGACUUGUUUUGCUAGAUUUAGAAAUCAGUGGUGGAUUAUGGACGCAACCAGCUUUCUGAAUGGGUUUCUGCUGUAGGGGAUACUAGCUGUGGCAAUUACUGAUCUGCUUGCUGUAGUCAUAUGCCUGUAGCCAGCAUAUAUUAUUUUUAAUUUAACUUUGUUUUAUUUAACUUCAUUUGCUGCCAAAAUAGUAUCUUUGGAUGGAAAGGGGAAUAUUUUCUCUCUGGGCUAACAUAUUUCUAAUGCUGCAUUGAAGCUGCACUGAAUUUCUCUGGUUCUGUCCGAAUGUGUUGGAUUUUUUUUUACUCUUAAAUGUGUAUAUUGUUUCCCAUAAGUAAUGUAGCACAGUGUGGAACCUUAGCCUCAUUUAGGUUUCAAACACUGCAGACGAAUGCAAUAGGGAGAGCAUACCUGCUGUUUCUUGAGAAACUAUAUGAUUUAUAAGACCUAUUCUGUUGUAUUAUAUUGUACGAUAGGUGCUAUACCAAUAAUUGCAUGUUCUCAUGGUAAAUUAUAUAUUACACACACACACACACAUCUAUCUGCUUAACUCUCUUGUUUCUCAUUUGUAAUAUUUUGGGCCAUAGACAAUGCAGUACUUCUUCUGUUGCGUGCCUGAACCCCUGGACUUGCUGCUCCCAUUUCCUGGCUUGCACAAAGCUGAAUAUUCAAUGGCUCAGUUCAGGACUGAAGGGUUGGUGAUUGCUCAGCAACUCAGUGUUCAUUGUCAGCUUUGUCACUUUAGUUUUAAAUUUCUGAAUGAAAUGGAAAGAAGGGAUCUAUGCAUUUGAUGGCCAAGUGGAGUGUGUGUUUCUGAUUUUGACUUUUCAUGUUUUCCCUACAUCUUUCCAUCAGCAGGCUUUCAUGUUUAAAUUUUUCCUUGUGACACUGGGCAGUGAGUGACGAUAAGUAGAUCAGUAUUUAUACAAAGAAGUUUAGAUUUUUCUCUUAUUCCUUGCCUUGCUAGCUCUUAUCUCCUACCCUCCCCCAUUUUUAUGAGAACUUGUUUGGAUUCUCCACCCUUCCCCUAAAGCUGGAAUCCAAGUGUUAUGGUCUUCACAUAUUACCAGAUUUUAUAGGGUUAAUUCCAACUAAAUUAAAUUAUCCCAGCAGAAUGUACUUGAAACCAUUUUGCAUCAGUCUUCCCAGCCUGGUGUCCUCCAGAUGUUCCAGAGUGUAACUCCCAACAUCCCUGACCAUGCUGGCUGAUGGGAGUUGUCCAAAAUGUCUGGAGGACGCAUGUUUGGGAAAGACUGUACUUCUACAUGGUCUUUUGUGAUGAUACAUAAGUAUUUCCAGAGAAUAAUUUAUCAUGAGGUUAAGUCGUGGUUGAAUCAGAUACACGUAGAGUUACAUUACUUCGUGAUAACUUGCCUUGAAACAGCAGAGCUGUAUGAAUUCUUCAUGCUCAUUCUUACAUUUUUCUGAGGCAUUUAAUGCCAUAUGUCCAUUUUAUUUCUAAAAUUCAAUUUUAAAAAGGUCUGUCUGUACUUGUGACCUGUUUAAACUACUUGCAAUAUUCUGUUUUUUAUAUUUUCCCCCCACUAAAUCUGAGGACAUGAUGCUUCUGCAAGAGCCCUGGAGGAACUCCUUUCCAAACACAUCCAGAGCAUCAGUAUUACAUGUAGGGAGAUGCAUAUCCCAAAGAUGUAUUUUCAUGCUUUGCUGUCAGGGACAAAACAAUUCCUAUCCUAUGCAUUGACUUAAAAAGAAUGUUGUUGAAAUAUUAUGUGUUCCUCUUAUGUUAAUAUGUAUUCUAAUGUUCAAACUAUUUUAUGUUGAAAUGCAUUUGUUUCUUUCCAAGUUGUACAAAAUGCAAAGAGAUAUAGGUCCGACUAGAGAGUAAUUGUGUAAAGCACAGGAUGAUGCCUAUGUGUUCUUAAUGCAAUGACUGGAAAAAUUAUUUCUGAGGGUGUCACUUUGUCAAACACCUGAUCCAAUAGUGAUUAGAAAGCCCUUGGUUUACUAAUGAAGCUUUAAAUUAGCAUAGUGGAUUACUAUCUCAUAUUCUCUGUCUUAAUCAGUGGUUUUGUUUCUCCAUCUCUUGCAGGGAUUUCUCCAUAGCCUUUCUCACUCCUGGAAGGGAACCAAAUAUGUAUUGUGAAUUAAUUUUGAUUACAACAACUCUAGCUACAUAGUAAGG